UCAGAUACAUAUGGCUACGCAAAAUACAAGCAUAGCCGAAGGUCGCCAAGAGGAGAAGAUCAACAUCGUGUGCGGGGAGCCGACUGAUGGGGCCGAGAACGGCGAGGAGAACCGUCGCGACUCUCGUAGCUUUCCACCAGAGGAGGAAACCUGGAUCCAGAAGAACAAGAAGGCCAAGCGUCUCGGCGAAUGGCGCCAGACGUAUCACACCGCCUAUGCCGUUCGUGACGCUACUCACAUCUACAAGCUGUCACGAGAUUCGCCACACAGCGCUGCGUACGCAUCUCUUACGGACCGCCAAGAGCGCAUUGACUUUCUCAAACGACACGGCAUUGCUCAGCGCCGCUGAGGUGCUUGGCUGUUGGGGGAUAAUACAAGUAUCAUAACUCCUGUACUUUCGACUCGAGUAUGUAUUCGUAAUAGGACCGCUAUACGAAGCAAAUGUGUUCAGUAACUCCGAAGCACAAACUACCUAGCUACGGAGGAACCCCCGCUCAUUCGAGAACCGACCAAGGAUCCGGACAUACUCUUCAAGAAAGACUCGUUGUGUCAGCCAAUUAGGUUUUAUAUAACCUUGAGGGGUUUGCUCUGUGGCUCGUUCAUACACC